AUGAAGUGCCGCAAUGGCCACUCUUUGCACCUCACGCACAUGCCAUGUGCGAGGAAGCAUCGCUGCACGGUGUGCCACGAAGUUAUCCCAAGGUCGGCGAGACGGUACAUGUGCAGACGCUGCAGCUUCGAUGUAUGCUUCGACUGCGGUGUGCAUGACAACUGCGUCAUAGAACGGUCGCAGCAUUCGCAGAAGACAUUGAGAUCCGUCUUCAAGGAGUAUGGCCUAGAGCACCAGCGAAGUGUCGUCAUUAGCACGACCUACGACAUCGUUUCUCCGGGCGACGGGCAUAUGCGGAGACACCAGCACAAGAGGGGCCUCGGUGUUGGCGAAGACUGCCGCUAUGCGGUUUUCAGUGAUGCUACGAUGAACGUGGACACCCCGUACCACCUCCCUCCGCCGGAGAAACCCGCGGAGAAGCAUCCCGCUGACGUGCCGGUCGCCGUCGACCCACUUGUAGACUUUGCACAAGCAGUUGUGCGUCGCUGCAUGCAGCUGGUGGAUGUCGUUGCGGGCGAGGUUGAAGCUGGCCAUGACUGUCUGGACCAGGAUUGGAGUCCGAAACGCCCCGAGCGUGCGCUUGAGCCGAUCAAGUCUGGCUUUCUUGUGAAGCAUCACCCCAACGGCUCUGCCCCCUCGCAGUUGCAAGA